CCCUGUCUUCACCGACCACCUUCCUUUUUCCAACUUAUUUUUUUCUCGCAAUUGUACAGUGCCUUUGAGUUUCUCUUGACUUAUAUCCACCCGACACGCAAACACUUGAGAAUCUUAUCUGAUCCAAGUGAUAUUAUUACUGUCGCCCCGAUUUUCCUCUGAUUUAUCUUGACCAGAUGGAUCAACGUGUUCCUCAGGAAAUUUUGGAUGCUGUUGUAGACUUGUUGAAAGAUGACAAGCCUGCCUUGAAAGCGCUUUCACUGAUAUCGCGCUGCUUUACACCUCGCACGAGGGUCCAUCUCUUCUACUCCAUCACUCCAGGGGAAGCUCAGUGGAAUGAGGGAAUGCUGGAUCUUCUUCGAUCCUCCCCUUCCCUCAUCGUUCAUAUCAGAAGACUUCGUUUCUUAUACCUUUGCUCAUAUGACUCGGCACUCAUAGCUAUCAUCGAACUAUUGGUUAACCCGAUUCAUCUAGUGAUAUCGUGGAGGAAAUGGGGCGAUCUGCCGGAACAAUUUCUCCAGGCUCUUCACUCCAGAGCAUACGCGUCAAUCGUUCUGUCUGAUUCUAAAUUCACCUCUUUUUCCGAACUGGCAUCUUUGCUUGCCAACUCCACGCAUCUGGAAAGGUUGGCAGUAUACAAAUAUGAGCCUUGUUUCCGUGAUACCGACCCUUCCUCCUGUACUCACCAGCAUCCAUCUCCGGGACCGCCAGUCGAUCACCUGAUAUUGUUUGACCUCGAUGGCUGUCUGUAUCAUCUUUUGAGUGGCUAUUCAUUCACGUCAAUGCCCGGUAUCCAUUGAAGAACUCAGAACUUUGGAGAUCCAUCCCCUGUGGCAGAGAUUAUUUCUCCCUAUUCCAAAGUUUAUACAAAAGAGCAACCAAACUAGAAGAGCUAACAUUCAGGCACUCUGGUAGUGCCCCAGUGCCCUUGGCGACGGUCUCCCCCCUCCCUAUUUCGCACCUAAGAAAGCUUACGGUCAAAACUGCCCCCA